AUGAUCCUCGGAUGGAUCGUUGCCCGUCUGAUUCUAGCGAUCAUCGCGGAUCGACCAAGCCAGUGGUUUCCGAUAAAUCUGUGCACUUUGCUAGUGUUCCCUGUUCCCAGCGAGCAAUGGUUACUGAUGGGAUUGAACCUGUGGCCCGGCCAAAACGUGCAGAAACCAGUGCAGAGUUCAGAUUUGACAGCAACUGCGAUUUCCAGGGUUCUCAAUUUUUUUCCUACACCCGUGCAAGAGGAAUGUUUGUCGCAAGACAAGCGUCGAAGGGGUAUAUGCAUGAACACGUACGAGUGCAGAAUUCAACAAGGGAAAUCUUACGGCCGCUGUGCCCUCGGUUUCGGCGUCUGUUGCGUCUUCACGGCAAGUUGUGAUCAUACUGUGGAUAACAAUCUGACGUACGUGAUCAGCCCCGAGUUCCCGAAUCUAAUCGACUGGCCCAUGAACUGUACCGUGACGGUGAAGAAGAUCGAUACCCAGGUCGGCCAGCUGAGGAUCGAUUUCUUACACUUCAACAUAGGUCAACCGAACUUAAGGACAGGCGUUUGCGACGAGGACGUAAUGGAAAUUAGAAACGGAGGAAGCAUGUUUCAAAUCUGCGGGUGGAACAGCGGACAGCAUUUGUACAUAGACUUAAACGAAGAGGACGCGUCAUUAACGCUGAAUUUCCGGCUGCCCGGGGGGCUUCGAUCAAGAAUGUGGGAAAUGAGGAUCGUUCAGCUGGAUUUUCAGCAAAGAGCGCCCAGCGGGUGCCUACAGUACUUUCAGGGUCUGAACGGAACUCUGAAGACGUUCAAUUUCUUAUCUAACGGCCGAUUCCUCGCUAAUCAGGACUAUUUGCUCUGCAUUCGCCAAGAGAGAGGGAUGUGCGGGAUAUCUUACAGUCCGUGCACUUCUGACUCGUUCAGAAUCGGCCCUGCCAGAAUACAAUAUCUAAACAAUACUAAUUUAAAUUCCUCGAUGACGAGCCAGCGUCCCAAUGACGCAAACUCCACAGCACAAAAUGCGACUAAUAAUACCGAUACGGAUAUCGAAGGGUCUGGAUCGGGCGAUAUUGGAGCGAUGAAUGUGACCAAUGCCAUGGACGAUGGCGGUUCUUCGAAUUUCGCGAGCGGCCGCUGUAGGGACAGGGUGCUCAUCCCUUGCGAUUUUGAAGAAUUCAUUACGCCUGGGAAUAACGAGGCCGGAAUUUGCAACUUGGAGCACUGCGGCAACACUCUUUGUGAAAGAAACGAGCUAGACAGCGCGGGUAACUGCAGGGUGGAAACGUGGGCGACACCCUUCCGAAUAAGGGUGGCCUUCGGUCCCGGACAGGACACCGGAACUACCCUUGAAGACAAUAUAGGAAUGUGUCUGACCUAUGAACAAUUAGCCUGUGUUCAAUGAAUAUCUUCAUUUAAUUUGCACGAUCCAUUGGCAUAGUGAAUUAUUAUGGAUAGUAAUUUUUAUUAACUCAAUGUAUGCACUGUGAGAAAACUCGAAAGA